AUACAACAUUACAUUGUUUGGAAUUUAGUUCUUGCAACUUAGUAUUGAGAUGGUUAAUAUUGUUAUCAUGAACAGAUGCAUAGCAUAGUCUAGAUUAGUAAUAAUUAUUACAAAUUACAGUGUUACUGUUACCAUUUAGUAGUACUCGGUGUAGAACAAUUACAACGACUUGCGAUAAAAUUAGUGUUUUUAGCCAAGACACAGAUAAUGGAGAUGAUUUAUAUUGGUAAGCAACACUCAUACUACUCCCCAGGUUAAAUUCCAGCUGAAAUGCAGCAGAUACCACUAACAGAUGAAGAGGCCCUUGUCUUACUUCAGUCUAUAUCAAGUGAUGAGUUAGAGUCUUUCAGUCAGGAUAUUUAUGAUGAAGUGGCAAAUGAAGUAAGCUUGGGGCUCUGUUUCGAGGUUCAUAGAGCUGUGAAGCUUGGAUUUUUGUUUUUGGAUGAAUCCAAGGAAGAUGAGAAGAAAUUUGAAAUUGUAGAUGAAAUUGGCCGUGAUGUGUUUGGUCAAGUACCCAUGAAAAAACAAUUUGAAUGCAUCUGUCCAAAUUGUCAGCGAAACCUUGCUGCUUCAAGAUUUGCUCCACAUUUGGAAAAAUGCAUGGGAAUGGGCAGAAAUAGUUCUCGUCUUGCAAGCAAAAGAAUUGCCAACACUGGAAAAGUUGAUAGUGAUAUUGAUGACUUAGAUGAUGGUGACUGGAACUAUGGGAAUGACAAAAAAUCUUCAAAAAAGAAACGUGACAAGAAUUGUCCUCGCAAAAUCAAACCUAAAGCCAGAAAUGGAGAAGGAGGAAAUAGCAGUGGUGGUAGUGGCGAAGGGACAAAUGUUUUUAACAAUUAUGAAACUAUGUCAUUAGAAGAGAGAAAAGCUUUACUCCUACAGUGCUGUGGAGUGAUAUCUGAACACACUAAAAAGAUGUGUACACGAUCUCGGCGUUGUCCUCAGCAUACAGAUGAACAAAGACAGAUAGUACGUCUUUCCCUGCUUGGCCAGCAAAUCACCCUACCUGAAACAACAGAUGAUAUUCAGGUAGACAUAGAUACAUACGAUGAAGGACAAACACAGCUUUUACAGGAAGCCAUGUAUAGAAGCUGGGACACUGGAAGCUCUACUAAUGCCUCACCUGCAGACUCAGGAUCUGCUCCAGGAGGCAGUAUUUCAUCAAAAAGAAAAGAAAAGAGAGCAUCAUCCAACUCAGGCCGCAGUGGAGGUUCCAAAAAGAGCAAAUCACGUCUUCCACCAGGUGGCAGUAGUAUAAACAUGGGAAACCAUGGGGCAUUAGUCAGCCAGCCACACUUACCAAGUGACAUAUAGCUGGCAUUCUACAUUUGUGUAUUCAAGUUUUCAUGUUUUUAUAAUUAGCCAAACAAUUUUAGUAUAUAUUUAUAACUUAUUAUACAUGACACAUUCCUGUUUCAUCUUUGUUUGUUAUUAAGUACCUACUCCUGCUGAACACUAGGAUGGACAGUUGUACUUUUUAGUAAAGUAUAACUAGUGAUGGAUUAUAUAAAUAAAUGUAAUUGAUGUUAUCAUAAUAUCUUUGAUGAUAAAGAAUUAUGCCCUUAAUAUAAUCUUUGCAUUAUUCAUUCUUGUUUUUGUAGAAACUAACAAGCUAGAUUAUCCUCCUGUGUUAAUAACUGUGGGUAUUGUCUUUUGGAUAUGGUGAGUAAAAAUGUUUCUCAAUUUUAAUCACUUUUUAAAGGAUUAUGUAGGAAAAAAGUGUGUAUUGUUGUAAAUCAGUUUAUUAUGAUAAUAAAUUAGCAUGUUUUGUUUUUUACCAGCAAAUGAUUAAAAAAAGUCUUAACUCAUCCUGAAUAUAUAAACUACUACCUAAGUAUCAAACACAUGUUCAGGGUUAUUGAUGAGUGGAAUUCUCCACAAAUAGUAUAACCCAAUAACACAUGUUGAUCAAAGUGUAGAUUGAACCAGACCUCCCUUGAAAUUAAACAAUUUUCAGGAUUACUAAGUUUAUUUAUUACUACAUCAGUAUUUUGCAUAUUCAGAAUACUUAAAAUAUCCUGUAAGUGAAAUAGUAUUAUAAUAGGGGGGGGGGGUAUUUUUUUUAAUGUGGUAUUAUGGCAGAAUGCAUAAAUUAUACAGUUUAUGACCUUCCACUUGGAUCCAAUCUCUGGUACACCAAAGCUGUACGAGAACUAACAUUCCAAGUCAAUUGAUCUUAAACAUAACAUGAAUGGCUGUAUAGAGGCUAGGUGUAAAUAAAGUAGUCAUACAUUUUUAUUAUUUUAAAUUAUUAAGAAUCUAUGUUAAGAAUUUAAUUACUUUUAACCCUUAUCUUGUCUAUUAUAUGUUACAGAAACAUUUUUUCUCACUCUUUUAAAUCUUAAAACUUUCUUUACUAAACUGAUAUUUCAGAAUCUCCCACUAGUUACUAUUGAAAUCUACAUCAAUGUAACGUUUAUGCUGAAGAAAGAGAGCUGUUCCUGGGAGGGGGGGUCUAGUAUUGGAAUUUAUACAAAUGCUUUAUUUAAAAAUAGCAAUCACUUGUUUAACAAUCUUCUACAGGUUUACAUUUUACUUACAUUCUAUUCUCUGCAAUUAUUAAAAGAUCAAGGAAAAUUAGCUUAGUUUGAAGUACAUUAUAAACUAUUUUUGCUACCAUUUCAAUUUUAUUCUGUUACUUACAAGAAAACCAGCACAUAAUCAAGUGAUUAGUUAUAUAAUCUGUUAUAAUGUUAUGCACAGUCUUACAAAAAUGUACCAGUAAUCACCAUCAUAGUACUGAUAGAUUUAAUAAUUUCUAGGUGUCAUUAAGCAAACAAAAGUUCUCAAAAUUUACAUGUCCUUGAAUUUAUAAUGUUACAAAAAAAAAGUCAAAGAUGCCGUUUCUCAUGUUCUUUAAAUUAAAACAAAAUGCUUUUAAACCUGGUUUCUUUCCUCAUUCUAUACAAGCCCCCCCCCUCCCUGAUUGUCUUGACUAUUUUUGUACUUAUACUAUUAACAAAAAAAAUUUAAUUAAAUUGGUAAACAUGAUUUGAUAUUUGGAGUUAUUGUGUAGAAGCUUAUUGUACAGAUCCCGAAAUAAACACUUCUUGCAUGUUGUAAGUAUUUGUGCAACAUAGUUUUAAAAAUUUAGAAACA